AUGUUUGGUGAAAGUUUGAGGAUGACCCGGGCGGGAUGCGUCCUGCUGCUGUGCGGGCUCACGCACGUCCUGGCCAGCUACCCGAUCUGGUGGUCCCUGGCGGUGGGCCAUCAGUACUCGUCUCUGGGGACUCAGCCCAUCCUGUGCGGCAGCAUCCCGGGUCUCGUCCCCAAGCAGCUGCGUUUCUGCAGGAACUACGUGGAGAUCAUGCCGAGCGUCGCCGAGGGCGUCAAGAUCGGCAUCCAGGAGUGUCAGCACCAGUUCAGGGGCCGGCGCUGGAACUGCACCACCGUCAACGACAACCUGGCCAUCUUCGGCCCGGUGCUGGACAGAGUCGCGACUCGGGAGUCCGCCUUCGUCCACGCCAUCGCAUCGGCCGGAGUGGCGUUUGCGGUGACCCGAGCCUGCGCCGAGGGUUCAGCCACCAUCUGCGGCUGUGAUACGCGUCACAAAGGGCCGCCGGGCGAGGGCUGGAAGUGGGGCGGCUGCAGCGAGGACGUGGAGUUCGGAGGGAUGGUGUCCCGGGAGUUCGCCGACGCCAGGGAGAACCGGCCGGACGCCCGUUCUGCCAUGAACCGACACAACAACGAGGCCGGGAGAACGUCUCUCAGCGACAACAUGUUCCUGAAGUGUAAGUGCCACGGGCUGUCGGGCAGCUGCGAGGUGAAGACCUGCUGGUGGUCCCAGCCCGACUUCAGAGUCAUCGGCGACUACAUGAAGGACAAGUACGACAGCGCCUCGGAGAUGGUGGUGGAGAAACACAAGGAGUCCCGCGGGUGGGUGGAGACCCUCAGGCCCAAGUACAACUACUUCAAACCCCCCACGGAGCGGGACCUGGUUUACUACGAAGGCUCGCCCAACUUCUGCGACCCCAAUCCCGAGACGGGCUCGUUCGGGACCCGCGACCGCGUCUGCAACCUGACGUCGCACGGCAUCGACGGCUGCGACCUGCUGUGCUGCGGCCGCGGACACAACACCCGGACCGAGAAGAGGAAGGAGAAGUGCCACUGCAUCUUCCACUGGUGCUGCUACGUCAGCUGUCAGGAGUGCGUGAGGGUCUACGACGUGCACACCUGCAAAUAG